UAAUGACCCGUCUCUAUGGCGCUGGGCCGUUUACUGUUAGCACAGGUAGAAAUAUAUAUGUGGCAGAUUAAAUUUAAUCUCUUUUUGGAACCGUUCGGUGUUUUCAUGUUUGCGAUCAAUCGAGACAUUUAAGUUUGAAAUGACAUCCGCUUGCUGUGUUUUGAAGUGGUAGAUGUGGUUGUAUAUUGCUCCAUAACAGGGUUAAAUCAUGCAUUAUUCAUAGCCAGUCUCUAAAGAAGAACACGGACAAAUUAUAACAGACAAAACUAUGCCAGGACCGGGUUUUCCAGUGGCUAACAAAAUCCUGUAUAAAUAUGAGCAGGAUCGUGCCUAUCGUCUCCACAGGCAGAAGGUCAAUGCCUCUAGGCCAACGGUCAAAAAUAAGCAACCUAAAAAGUAUCCUCACCUAAUUCUCCAGCUGAAAAAAAUACAGUUAGAAGAAGAAAGACAGGCCGAGGUGGAUCAUGAGAAUCGUCUGCUUCUACAGAAAAUGUCAAAAAUCAUGAAGGAGCCAGCUUUGGUGGAUUCCUGGAAUGAAUAUCACACGAAAAGUCUCAACCUUCCACAGCGAGAAAAACAGCUUCGGGAAAUUCAGAUGGAAAACAUAGGACUGGCUAAGCGGUUAGAACACACCAGGCCCGUAAUCAGGAGCGAUGAAUUGGAGGGAGAAUACCAACAGAAAAAAUACCUGCAGAUGCUGUGGAAUGAGAAUUCUAAAGAUUACGAUAUGGUCAUCCCCAGGCACCAACGUUACAGACAGCUCAGGAAAAUGAAAGAGGCCGAACUGGCCAAAGAAAGAGAAGAGAAGGUAGCUAAUGGAGAAGAUGACAAGAAGGAAUCUCUACCACCCAUUAAAAAACCUUCAGAAUCCCAGACAAUUCGAUACAACGCAGACACGUACAGAUCGACUAGGAGUGACAAUGGCGACAAAGAACGCAAGUCGGACGAUGGUAGUACUAUGGACAAGUCCCAGUUUAGUUCCCAGGUGGACAACGACGCCAAGGCACUGUUCAAGGUCGCCAAAGAUCUCGCCCAACCCGAGGAUGUCUUUAUUAGAAACUUAGUUCGAAGAACACCAGCACAAAGAAAAAAGAUAUCUGAAAGAUUUAAAGAAAUGUAUAGUUUGGAUUUGGCGUCCGAGCUUCGUUCUGGUCUUGGAGAGGACUGGGAUUGUGUCAUAGAGGCUUUAUUAAAGAGCAAGGCCACAGGGUCGGCCAAGUUACUUCACGACGCAUUAGAGGAAGGCGACUAUCCGAUGGCUGUGGAAAUAUUAUUCACGUGUAAGAACACGGACCUUGCCGAUCUACGAGGAUCGUUUAGGCAAGAGUACUCACAGAGUAUUGAUACGACUAUCAACGAGAAAACUGAGGACCCAGAACGAAGCUUGCUCGCCACACUUGCCAAGGGAGACAGAGACGAAUCCAACAAAGUUGAUGAAAGUACUGCUGAGACUGAUGCCGAGGACUUAUAUGAGUCAGGUGACGGGAGGUGGUCAAGUGAUGCCGGCAAGUUCCUGAAACUGCUGAGGACCAGGAAUAACAAACACAUCACGGUGGUCCUCAAUCUGUACAAGAUCCACAACAAAGGAGUGGAGGCGCCUGAGGACAUCGCGCGGGAGUGUUCGAGGAGUUACGCUGAGGCCCUCACAGCUCUAAUUAACUCCCUCCAUGGCCCAGAAAACCAUUUUGCGGAGCGUUUGUUCCGGACCAUGUCUCCAACGAACCCGGAAUUCGUGAAUCUAUUGGUGGUUCGUUCCGAGAUCGACAUGCCGGCAGUGCGGAAAGCCUACAAAAAGAAGUUCGAUGCUGAACUUGUGGAUGACAUUAAGCAUAAAUGUCAGCACACCACAACAAAAGUAUUGGUAGAAAUAGCCAACAAGACUCCCCCAAAUUGGCCCAAAAGCAAGAGGUUUGUGGAUAAAAGGGUAAGAUUACCUAGCACAGUGUAUCGUCGAUCUUCAAACGACGGAUCACAACAUCUGACAAUCCAGCAGACACAAACACAGAAAAAAUGGAAAGGAGCGAAUCCUGUUCCUCAGCAGACCAAACCACCCAUCAAGAGAGUUGAACCCAUCUCCAAAGGACCGGAUAUGAAACACAAUCCACUUGGGCAGCCAAGCAUGCGCGUAGCAGCUGAUACGUCAAUACAAAGGAGAGAAGAAGAAAAACUCAAACAGUUGGAGAAAGAACAUAGAAGAGAAGAAGAGCGACAGAAGAAAAAUAUCAGUGGAACAAUUAAGGCCGCCAACAACUUUAACCCUUCCACAGACUGUGAGAGAUUGCAUGACGCUCUGAUGGAGGACCAUCCCGAUGAGGACGUCAUCAUAGAAGUGCUGACUACAAGGAGUAACGGACAGCGACAGAUACUGAAGAACAAAUGGUCAUCAAAGUACAAGAAACAUUCAUUGGAAAGUAGACUGAAAGAAAAGCUGAGUGUGGAUUAUGACGAGACGAUAAUGGGCAUGAUGAUGACGCCAUCAGAGUAUGACGCCCACUGCCUCCACGAAGCCCUGGAUGGGAUGGGGCUGUCAGAUCCAGUCCUUGUGGGGAUUCUCUGUACACGGGACGCUAAGGAAAUGAAGGAGAUCAAAGAUAUAUUUAAGAAAGAAUAUAAGAAAGAUUUGACAGAAGAGCUCACAGCCCACAUAGACCCUGACUUGGCCGAGUUUGUGACUUUACUUUGUCAGGGUGACAGGGACCAGGGAAAGGAGGUCAACGCCCAGACGGCCAGGAAAGACGCAGAGAAAAUGAACAAGAAUGGCAGAGUGGAUGUGGUUGACAAAGCUUUCCGGGAUGUCGUGCUGAAGAAGAACCACGCCCAAGUAAAACAAACUUUUGAGGAGUUCGAACAGUUGACCGGAAGUGACAUCUAUCAGUCUAUAGCUGAUACAGUCGUUGGGGAAACGGAGGACGCAUAUAUUUCAUUAGUUAAGGCCAUAGAAGACCCCGUAAGAUUUUAUGUUGAGAAGUUGUUUUCCUCAUUUGGCGGAAUUGGCACCAAUGAAGACAACAUUAUUAGAAUAAUAAUUUCCAGAUCAGAGAUUGAUAUGAGGGACAUCAAGGUUGAAUUUCAGAAACGAAAUCAAAAGUCUCUCUCCGCCAUGUUGAAAACAGAUUUCCCUGGCGACAGUAAAAAUAUGUUACUGGCCAUUUUGGGAGAUAGUUGAGCGAUUGAUAUCAAUGUGCAUAAAACAACAUUGACCCUCAUAUAAAAGCCAUGUCAUUCUUGCCUCUGAAUCCCUAUUUCUCUCUUUUAAAACAUUGUAUUUCAUUAAUUUUUAACAACUACAUCAUGCAUCAAAUGUAAUGCGAUCAACCAUUUAUCCAGUUGGAGAAAGACCGCAUGUCAAUAUUUUCGAAAUUCCGUAAAUUGUUGGGUAAGGAAAGACCGAAUUUUGUUAACAUUAGACUUUGCAGGGGCUGUUCUACACAGUUUUUACUGAAUUGAUUUUUCUUACACUUUCUCUUUUGGUUUUGAAAAGACUGGAAUUACAUUCCAAGAGCGGGUAUCGCCAUGUAAUGAUAUUUUUAAAAAUAUUUUUUUUCGUUUGCACGCAGAUGCUUGCCAUAUCAAUUUCUUAUAACAGCAUUUUUACACAAUGAUAUAUCGCAAUUUGAUAAUUUUGUGUAAUAUAACGAAUGUUCACAGCGAAUUUUUCCAUGUUCACAUUUCAACAUUACAUAAUUAAUAAAUGAUCAAUACUAUAUUCGUGUAAUAAAAGAUUGUGACAUUAACCUAUUUGUUUUGCAAUGAUACAGUUGGAUAUUAUUUUGAAAAAUAAUCUACUUGGGUUGGUUUUAUGGGGGUAUUUUGUUUGGUCGGAAUUUUUGUCCCGAUAAAAAAUAAAUAUUUGGGGAAUGUUGAAAAAAAUAUAAUUUAUCGUCAAAACUUGAGAAAAUGAUUUGUAUUGGAAAGGAAUUAAUCGGCAAUACAUCACGCAUUCCGUAAAUCUGCGUAUUGGUGUCGGUUCAGAUUGGUUUAGCAAAAUGCGUGAUUCUUACACUUACCUUGUGUUUCUCGUUCCAAAGGUUUUUUCCCCGUUAAAUAUUAUACUUAACCAUUAUCCUACUGCCUGUACAAAGGAAUAAAGUGUAAUCAAAACUGUAAAAAUUAUCUCUUCUCCAUCAUUAAUAACGGUACUGAAAUUGAACUUUGCAUUAUUACGCAUGUGGAAGCUUAAAAAACAACAGAAUUUGCCGAGAGAAUUUCAUCAUAUUGCCCAUGCCCUAUAUUAUCUCUACAGGAAAUUUUCUACUGGUGCUGGUGUCUGUGAUGUAAAUCAAUUUACUGUCAAAGGGGCUGAGUGGUUAUGGUCAUUUUUAGAUUAUUCUUACGUCAUGAAAAAAAGGAACUGUAUUAAAAAUAUUGAGGGAAUAGUCAAAUUUAAAAGCUGAAAGAAGAAUAAUAAUUUGCCCUGUUUAUGAGGGAGUUUUGAUCAAAUUACAAAUAUAUCAUAAAAAAUUAAAUGUUGCAUUAAUUUUUAGUAUUCUCAUCACUAAUUUAUAUUUUAAGGCCGGAAAAAUUGAUUUUAUACCCAUUGGUGGAUCAAAUGGCUAGUUUGUAAACCCCCCAGCCUCCUAAAAUGAGAAAUUUGACUGACUUGAUAGUUUUUGUUGUUGAAUAUAUUUAUACAUAAUGGAUUUUUAUACAAUUGUGUACUAGUAGUGGAUUUAUACAACAUCGAGCGUGAAGUCAAAUCUACAGAGCUGCAAUUACUUUUUAUUAAAAAGAAAAAAAAAAGAAAAUGAUAAAAAUUAAAGAAUAUUUUAAUCAAACUUUUUAAUAACAUUAUGUUGAUACUUCUAAUACAAUUUGUUUUCUUUGAUGAUAUUCAUGAAUAAUCAUAUAUUUUGUGAGAUGAACCUUUUGAAUAUUUACAUAAUUGCUCUAAUAUCAUUUUUCAUGUCAAAAGCUUUUACCAUCAAAAAUUGAUACAAAUAUUGUGAUAAUAAUUGUAUGAUCUGUGAUAAUCUUAUAUUUACUGUAUUAAAAAAAAUUCAAGAACUGUUGUUGUUGAUUACAAUAUGCUGUGUCUUAACUUUAUUGUUUAAACUUGCAAACGAGGAGCAAGAAUUGUUCAUUUAAUCAAUUAUAACUUUACAUAUCUAUGCAACUUCUAUUUUGCUAUCAUAUUAUAAUAUUCAUUCCGAGAUAUUUUCAAUAGACGGUUUUACAUGAACAAUUAAAGGAUUUAAUUUC